CAUGAAGGUUAUGGGCCUGCAUGGAAACCCCUUGCCAUUGCUAGGGAAAAAUUGAGCCCCGCACUUUCCUAACCCUCAGUUUUGGGAUAGAAAGAGAACCACACCCUCUUUCUGACUGAGGGAAGGAAAAAAAAGAUGAGGGUUUCUGCUUAUUCUGUGAAACCUUUCAUGGGACUUUUCAUUCUUCUCACCUGUGAAAAUGUUCAUCGGGUGUCAAGCAGCUCAGCGUUGACCUGCUACGUAUGCAAGCCACCUUUUUCCGGCGAUUCAACCAGCAAGAAUGCUGCCAAUGACGUGAGGAACACUCAAUAUGGAAUGUUUUUGGAUCAAUCCUCCAUUCAAACAUGCGACACAUUUUCACCAACUGGAGCAGCAUUCCAAAAGUCUUGCAAAACUGAAGAACCUGACAAAGUUGUUGUUUGCAACACCAUCACCAAUGGAAUUUGGGUAGCAAGAUCCUGCGAGACAAUUUUUGCUGACGAUGCUCCAAAAUGCAGCCUGAAAAGCGGAGUGAGGAGUUGUCAGUGUGACGUUUAUCUCUGCAACCAAAACUCCUCGGUUUCUCACAAGGUUUUACCCUUGCUCAUAAUUUUCUCAAUCAUCGUCUCACUGGCUUCAAUGCUUCUUUAAUUCCAAUUUUUUUUCGUCAAAUGGAAGCCGGUUUAUCAGCCUACUCAAUUAUUUUCCCUGAAACAUCACAAAUGUAUUCUCACGGAUACCAUAUAUUAAUUUAGUAUGAAAUCGUUCACCUCAACCAAAUCCACGUUUUGAGACGGAUUUGUUGUUAAAACUACCCAAUGACUGACGGAAUGCAAUAAACAUCACAUGGUGAACAAAGGAAAAGA